UGAUGACUGUUGUGAGUUGAUGAGAAACCCUCCGAGGCUGCUCAUUGUGAUCGUUCCCCCAACACCAAACUGCGCUUGGAGAUCGGGUGGCUUCUCCAGAAAGGUGAUAAUCAUUCUUUAAGAUUGGCGUUCCAGAACCCCAGCUGUACUUCACACAUACAGCAGCUGGUUGGACUGACCGCUGGCCUCUGCCAAGCGUGAAUCGCCUGCUUGCACCCUGACUGGCUGCGCCGUUUGAGACCACCAGCCAGCUGAAGUCUCACGGUUUUGAUUGGACCCCUGUCUGGCCCCAACUUUCCAGACGGCCCGGUUCCCAUUUCCCAAGGAGACGACGACCACUUCCAACUGGAAGUCUUCAGCGCAAAGGAUCGCCGCCUGCAAGCUGAGUCGCGAUGCCGCUUCGCUAACCUAGGAACACUUGUUUUCUAGAAGCAGCACACGAGCGAGCGAGCGCAACACUCGACGCCGCGUCAAGAUGGGCUUGGGCGUUCUCGAGGACAGGGCCAUGGCCCAUGUCCCAGGGACGACCCGAUACUUUGACGACCCGGAGCGACCACAGUAUGCAGCCAACGGCGCAGAAGGGCUCAAGUGUGACACCAGCGGGCCGGUGCCCAUCAUCCUCGUCCCGCAGCCGUCGGACGACCCCAACGACCCGCUCAACUGGCCGCUGUGGAAGCGCGACCUCAUCACCUUUAUCCUCUCCAUGACAGCCAUCUUCGCGACCUGCCUGGGCCCGAUCCUCGCCGCCAACACGCUGACGCUGACCUUCGACUUCACCAUCCCCUUCAGCAAGGUCGCCGCGCUGACGGGGUGGUACCUGCUGGGCGUGGGCAUCUCGGCCUUCAUCUUCGUGCCAUCGGGCCGUAUCUGGGGCAAACGCCAUCUGUUUGUUCUCGGGACGAUCCUGCUGGUGGCCACUUCGGCAUGGGGCGGAGCCUCGCGGCACAAGUACACGAGCAUGGUGUGGUCGCGCGUCUUUCAGGGCGUCGCGACGGCUCCAUUCGAGUCGCUGCUCAAUGCUGCGGUGGGAGACCUGUAUUUUGUGCACCAGAGAGGCAUUCGCAUGGCUUUCACCAACCUGGCCGCCUUUGGAGGCGCCUUCUUCACGCCGAUUCUUGUCGGCAAGAUCACCCACACGUUGGGCUGGUGGUGGACGUUCUACUUUGUCGCCAUCUUCUGUGGCGUUUGCGUCCCGAUCGUCUACUUUUUCUGCCCGGAGACGGCCUACCGCCGGGACACGACCCUGCAGCUUGACAUGCUGAGCACCGAGAAUCCUGCGGUGGGCAAGGCUGAACUGCCGGCAGGCGAUCCGGAGAAGUCGGGUGCUAGCACCGGCCGUGCUUCCGACGGGACGGAGACGAAUGGCGAAGCUGUCCGGGCCAAUGGGGCGAACGGAGCCACCCACGGACCGGUGCCUGUCGGCGUCAAGGCACAACCGCGGCAGAAAACCUUCGUGCAGUCGCUGGCACUCUUCGACGGCCGCAAGACCGACGAGAGCUUCUGGAAGCUGCUGCUCCGCCCGUUGCCGCUCUUCCUGCAGCCAGCCUUCCUCUGGGCUUGUCUCGUCCAGGGUUGCAUGAUCGGCUGGACCGUCUUUAUCGGCGUGAUUCUUGCUCAGUUCUUCCUCUCGACGCCGCUGUGGUGGACCGAGGUGGAGACGGGAUACGCCUACACGGCGGCCUUCAUCGGCGCCGUCGGCGGCUUCGUCAUCGCCGGCGUGCUGUCCGACUGGACUGCGCGGUACAUGACGAAGCUGAACAACGGCAUCUACGAGCCCGAGUUCCGUAUCGUCCUCGUUCUUCCCCAGAUGAUCCUGGGCUGUGCGGGCCUGUACGGCUGGGGUAUCACGGUUGAUGGCUUGCUACACAGCAAAUAUCACUACACCGUCCCACUGACGUUUUUCGGGCUCGAAGUGGCCGGCAUGGUGAUCGGUGCCGUCGCAAGCUCGUUGUACAUUGUGGAUGCCUACCGUGACUUGGCCAUCGAGGGCUUCACUUGCAUGAUCGUCUUCAAGAACGUCUUCAGCUUUGGCUUAACUUUGAGGGCAUUCGAGUGGCUCGUCCAGAGCGGAACCAAGGCAAAGCCCUUGUUUACCAUCGUUGCCUCGGUUCAAAUAGUCAUCUGCCUGCUUAGCAUUCCCAUGUACAUCUUCGGCAAACGGAUCCGCAGCUUCUUCCAUCGCCAUGACCUGCUCGAGAUUUUCAAGGUCAGAUGAUGAUGGUACUCUAGGUUUGCAACCUGAAUCUCCUCGUUUUAUGCCUUGGGUAACCCUCGCCGGGACCGAAUUUGGUAAAGGCAGUGUUAUAAUGAUGGUUCUUGUAUAGGUACGGUUUCAGGUUGGCACGCAUGACAUAUAAUGAGGUCCACCCGCGGAGGAUGCGUUGGAUUUGUAACUUGUAAUAACUUCGCUCGAGGUUUGCGUAUUAGUAGAUUCUACAUA